GAAGCGUUGCAUCAGUGACCAACAACUGUGACAUACGUGCAGUCCACGGUGAAACUGUUGGGAAGUAUACUACUCAAAUAGUAUGUUUCGUCUAAUAAAGGCCAAGGUAAAUACAAGAUGUAUCGGCAGAACGAGAUCGGUAACAACAUCACAGUGGGCCCAAACUUCAUCGGUACGACUACCAGACUACGCGGACGUUGUAAUAAUCGGUGGCGGGAGCGCCGGCUGCAACGCGUUGUAUCACUUAGGAAGAUCGGGCAUCAAAGCCGUUCUAGUGGAUAAAUCAAAAUUAAUAUCCGGUACUACGUGGCACACCGGAGGUCUUGUAUGGGGUAUACGUGGACCAUACGACGUCGAGAUGCAACUGCUCAGCGCCAGUAAACGCGUGCUAAACCGUUUAGAGGAUGAAACCGGUGUCCAUCCAGGCUGGAUCAACAACGGUGGACUUAUAAUCGCCCGUACUAGCGGAAGACUGGAAGAAUGCAAAAGGCUCGUUAGCGCAUCAAACGCUUUCGACAUCGGAGCGCGACUAAUCUCGCCUAAAGAGACAAAAGACUUGUUUCCUCUGCUCGACGAGAACUGCUUUCGAGCAGCGAUCUACUCUCCAACUGAUGGAGUCAUCGAUCCUUCCAUGUUGAUAAAUGCUUUAGUCAAAUCGGCAAAGAACAAUGGUUGUCAGGUGAUCGAAGAUUGUCCGGUGACAAAGAUAUUGACGAACGACAUCGAUACGAAUAAGAAGAAAGUUCGCGGUAUCGAGACGCCCUAUGGAAUCAUAAAGAGCGACGUUGUGUUAAUCGCUGCAGGAGUUUGGUCAAAAAAAGUUGCGAACACGCUGAAUUUGGACAUCCCUUUAGUACCGAUCAAACACGCUUACAUCGUUACCGAACCGAUGACUGAAGUGAAACAACAAUUUCCGAACAUUCGGGACCCGGAUGGCAGCCUAUACUUUCGAGUUCAGGGAAGCACGAUCGGAGCAGGUUAUUACGAACGAUGUCCAAUUCUAAUAGGAUCCGCACCUGAUAACUUCUCGUUCAGUCUGUACGAACUGGAUUGGGAUAUUUGCAGUCCAUACAUGGAUUCCAUGACUGAACUAAUUCCUAAAUUAUCCACAACCGGAAUAAGAACGACCGUGUGCGGUCCAGAAAGCUUCACGCCCGAUCAUAAGCCACUUAUGGGUGAGGACCCACGGUGCAGCGGACUGUUUUAUUCUUGUGGUUACAAUAGCGCAGGCAUGAUGUUUGGAGGUGGAUGCGGAGAACAAAUUUCACGUUGGAUUAUAAAUGGCCGUCCAGAUAAUUACAUGUUUAAUUACGACAUUAGAAGAUUUAUCAUGGAACAGAGGAACAAUUUAACUUGGAUGACCGAAAGAUCCUACGAGGCAUAUGUGAAGAAUUAUAACAUUAUAUUUCCGCACGAUGAACCAUUGAGCGGUAGAAAUCUCAAAACAGAUCCUUUCCAUAAUCUACUUGUUGAAGAGGGUGCUAUUAUGGAAGAACGUCAAGGCUGGGAGCGACCGGGAUGGUUUUAUCCGAGUCAUAAGGUUCAGAUUAUACCAUAUAAUUACGAAAAGCUAUCUGUAACGCCUGGAAACGAAAGAGAUGAAUAUCGUGAGAUAUUAGAGAAAGAAUACAGUUUCGAGCUUUCACCGUUUGAUAAUAUAAUUAAAGACGAAGCACUUGCCUGUCGAAACGACGUCGCUUUAUUCAACAUGUCUUAUCUUGGAAAAUUUUAUCUAUGUGGUCCAGAAGCACGAGAAGCAGUCGAUUACUUAUUCACGGCAGAUACACGUUGCAAUACGAAUAAAGUAAUUUACACGUGUAUGCUCAAUAAGGCCGGUGGAGUAGAAAUGGAUUCCACAGUUACUAUUAUAGAACCCGGUUCAGGCGAAAUUAUAAAUCCAAUAUUUAAAGACACAGGCUUCUACAUCGUGUCGAGUGGAGCAUCAGCGUAUCAUACCUGGGCUCACAUGAACAAAGUAAUAGAGGAGAAGAAAUUCGAAGUGUCCUUGCAUGAUGUUACCGAACAAAUUGGUAUCCUGUCGAUUCAGGGUCGUAACAGCCGAAAGAUAGUGGAAUCAUUAUUGGAAGAGAAAAUUUCAGAUGAAUCAUUCAACUACUCGACCACUAGACUGGCCCAAAUUCGAGACCAUCUGCUACGCUUAAUCAGAAUCAGUUUUACUGGUGAACUCGGUUUUGAGAUACAUAUACCCAGGUCGUCGUGCCAAUCAAUUUAUACAGCAUUAAUGCAAUACAGAGAAAAAUUUCAUAUGAAACUUGCAGGAUUCAGAGCACUGUACAGUCUGAGUUGCGAAAAAGGUUAUCAUCUUUGGGGCUCGGAUCUUCGAACAGACGAUAACCCCAUCGAAGCUGGAUUAGGAUUUGUUUGUCGCAAUUACGGUCACUAUCGAGGGAAAUCAGUAAUCGAUCAGUUGCGGCAAAAUGGAAUUAAAAAGAAACUGAUGCAUUUCCAUGUAGACAGCAGUGUCCCAUUAUGGGGUUUAGAACCUAUUUAUAGGAACGACGUUCUCGUUGGCUAUCUACGAAGAACAGAACAAGGAUAUAGCUGUGAUAACGCCAUCGGUCGCGGAUUUGUUAAGCACCCAAACGGAGAGAAUAUUACAGACGAGUUUCUGAAAAAUGGUAACUAUGAGAUUGAGGUAAUGGGGAAACGUUAUAAAGCUGAAUCCUAUUUAAAAAGUCCAUUUGACCCUCAGAACAAGAGGAUAAAAGGAAUUUAUGAAAACAAAUCGAAUCUGUGAUUCUAACACAUUUAUAUACUCUUUGUUUGUACCUUAUAAUUAAUGUACAGCUAACAUGCCAAAGGAUUAGCAUGAACAGUGACACUGGUUAUUCGGGUUUCUGUAAGGGGUUUAUAAUUCUUUGGGUUCACAGGCAAUUUUUCCAAUUGCUCUAAUGUUUCCAUUCCAUCUAUUACUCUGGAAAUAAACAAAUCAUUAUAUCUGAAAUACUGUUAUUAUAUAGAUUAAUAUGAUCUAUAGCAAAAAUAUUUACUUUCCAAAUAAAGUGUACUUUAGGUCUAAAUGUGGUUGUGGCCCAUAUGUAAUGAAAAAUU